CCAAGCGCAACCUAUUUUAGCGGACCAAGUACCGUCCUUGGGUCAUAUACCGCGACUUUGUCGUCAAAUGGCUGUUCAUAACAGUCAGCCCUCGGUAUAUAAGACAGCUAUAUUGAUUUUACAUCAAUUAGCGACAAGCGAGAUUUGUAUCUCAUCUAUAUGCCAAACGGAAUGCAUAAGUCCAUUAAAGCACGCGAUGCAAUCGAGAAGGGACAUGAUCGCGAUAGCAUGCGAGACGCUGAAUCGAUUAUUUUCAACGAAUGAAGAUAGACUUAUCAAACAGGCAUUGGACGCCGAAAUGGUACCAUAUCUCUUGAAUAUAUUGGAAGGCCGAUUAGAUAUCGUUGAAAACCCUGCCACAACCAAAGCACAAAUAGUAAAAGCUUUAAAAGCUAUGGCGAAAAGUUUACUUCUUGGUGAAAAAGUUAAUGCCAUUCUGGAAAAGUCGAGUGUAUGGGCAGAGUAUAAGGAUCAACGGCACGAUCUGUUUAUUUCAAAUAAUACCAGUUCUGGUUAUCUUACAGCUGGAACACCUGUAUCCGCUGGCUAUUUGACAGCAGGGCCGAGUACAACUUUAACCACGGGCCCACCGCCAGUAGACAAAGAAGAUAGUUUAAUUAAUAGAAACGAUAGCAUCUGAUAUAGAUAACAUUGUAAGUGGUACAAAAGGCAGUAAGAACAUUAAUACUGAGAGAUUCCUGUCGGUAUAAUACUGGUAAUACC